AUGACUGUACACUCCAAGAAUGAGACCUUGAUGUGUAAGGUAUUUCCGUUCAACUUGGGGCUUGUAGCGAUGAGGUGGUUUUAUGGUCUAGGUGUAGGUUCUAUUGACUCCUUCAAGGAGCUCACCCGAGCGUUUGGGUCUCGUUUUAUUACGUGUAGUAGGGUUUUUCGACCUUUAGAUUCUCUUUUGUCCAUGUCCAUGCAAGAAGGUGAGACCCUGAAAACGUACUCGGACAGGUACUGGGAGAUGUUUAAUGAUAUUGAUGGGGACUUUAAUGACGUGGCUAUAAGGACAUUCAAGGUCGGAUUGCCUACUGAGCAUGAUUUGAGAAAAUCCUUGACCAAAAAGCCGGUAAGGAGUGUUCGUCGGCUUAUGGAUUGCAUUGACAAGUACAAGCGGGUCGAGGAAGACCAACAACAAGGCAAGGGGAAGGGUAAGGUUAUCCCUCAGGAGAGGAGGGAUUUUAGGUCAAACAGAUACAACAAUAACAAACCCUGA